CGACCGAUUUAUGCACACGCACAGGCCCACCAUGAACAACGGAUGGUGAUCACUAAACUAGUGGAAGAGACCGAACACCGACAGUGCCUACUAGACGACCACGCCUCAACAACACACACCACACAAACACACACUACACAAACGCACACCACACCAACGCACACCACACCAACGCACACCACACCAGCACAUGCCACACCAACACAUAGCUCAGCAACACACUCCAGUGGCACACAGUUCCGCCGUUCAUACUCAAAUGCACACGAAGACAGCUACCAUGGACCAUGGCACCUGGGCAUAUAUGGUUACAUCCCUUCCUCAGACGAUGACGAGUACGACGGCAGACUCCACCGAGACACCUCCCAUGGCAGCCAUGGUAUGCAAUACCAUCAAUCGUAA